UACUCGGAUCCAUGGUGGUCGUGCUGGAGAGCUACGCCGACGCGCUGCGCUCACUUGGCGUCCCGCUUGGCCCGAGUUGCAGCCACGCACUGCCAGCGAUCGCCCCGCAGCUCUCAGUGCAGGGCAUUUCACUCGCGUUGCCGCUGGAGAACGCUGCUGCCUUUUGCCCGACCUCGUCCUGGCCACGCCUGGCCUUGCUUCCAUCGACCGACCUCGUCAUCUCCAACGCCGAAUGGCUCCAACAGCUCGAGACCGAUGUACGCUCGGUCGUCGCAACGCGGCUCGCCCUCCGCGCACCGUUCCGCAUGGUCCUGUCGCACUUGGCGCUCGAUGCGACGGGGCAUGACGAUGCUUUUGCGGUCGCGGCGCCGCCUGCCGGUGCGUUUAGCACCUUGCUUGUGCCCCUCCCAAGCGUACAUAGUGGCGGCGAUCUCUCACUACUGCGUGACGACGGCGUGCCGCACGCCGAGGCGCUGCCAUCGGGAGCGUGGGUCGUGUUUGACAGCUCCCGCUACGCCCACGCCGAGCCCAUCUACAGCGGCGUCUGCGCAACCCUUGUUUUCUCGCUUGUCUACACGUCGCCUGCGAUGCCAAGUCGCUCGAGCAAGGCGGUCGCCGCGCUCAAGGCGCUAGCGCAAACGACGUUCCAGUACCACGCCCGCAUUGGCAUCCCGCUGUCCCGAGCCUAUCGCUUCGGCCACGUCUUCUCGCGCGCCGCGCUGGACGUCGCCAACCUCCGCGGCGUCGACGCAGCCAUUCUCGACGCGCUUGAGGACUCGGGCGCGUUCGACGUUGCACUCGUGUCCGUCACGGCGCACCGCACCCGCUGCGCCAUGGACGGCGUGCAGAGCUGGUACGUGGACAAGGCGGUGUUUCCAUCCGGCACGACCAUGCCGACGCACAUGCAAGGCGACGUGCUGUGGGCCGACGUGGACGGCUGGAUCCAUACCAAGUUUGCCCAUGGACCGUUCGCGCUGGUCUUUUGGCCCAAGACGCAUCGCUUGCGGCUCUAUCGGCACCAGAUCGCGCUCUUUGACCUCGGGUGUGCGAUCGCGGGCGAGCCGAGUGACAUGAAAGGGUACACGGACGCCACCGCGAUGGCCCACGCAGUCCUCGAGAUGGUCAGCGCCGAGGCCGACGUUGGCCACGCCAUCCGUUGCCGCGUCUGCAGUGCCGAGAACGACGCCCACACGCCGUACACCACGCGGCUCCUCCGUCUCUUGCUGCAGCUAAACGACGCAAACUUGGUCGCGACCUUUCUGCACCGCGCCUCGCAAUGCGAAGUGCACGCGCGGAUGACAGCGAAGACAAUGGGACCACUGUUAUACCACUGCGGCGAACGCUACGGCUGGACGACGCUGUCGCUGGCGCUGCAGCACUUUUGCAGACGACAUGCCUCGUCCGACCUGCCGUACAUAUGGCUCGCCAGUCUACUCGGCCGCAGCGAGGACCCGGUCUGCCCGGUGCUGUCGCAUCCGAUCGAGCUCGUCUCGCAGUGUUUUGUGGCGCUCGUCGACGCCAAGGUGCCCGAUUUGAACGGCAACCGGGACGGGGACAGAGACAUGACGCUGCUCCAGCACGCAUUGCUCUUGCAGUCGCACUUGACAUCGCUCGACGUCGCCGAGCGCCAGCCUCUGGCGGCGAAGCUACCGGCACCGCUUGUCGUCCACGUCCACUCGUUUCUGCUGCCGCGGGACCUGGUGGAGUUCGUGAUGAGAGGACGCAUGCCAGGCGCGUCCGUGCUGGCCCCCGCACUCGCCUUUGCCCGCCGGCACGACCCGCGCAUACCACUCGCACCGUACGCUAAGCUGUUGUUUGACAAGACGCGCUGCAGUCGACGCACCGCCUCCCUUCGAUCGAUGACGGGCCGCUUGCUUCUUGUCGUCACCGACUGUCCGGACCGUCUCGGUGACAUUGUAGACGACGCGCCGCUGUGGCUAGCGUCGGGGGACGUAAUCAUUGCCGCCAUCUGCGCGGUGGCAGAGGUCACGAGUCCAUACACAUGGCGCAAUGACGUCCGUGCAGCGCUGACCGCGAUGGUGCUGCGGGCACCCAGCGUGCUCUUGGAGACGACCCGCUACUCGUUCCCACCGAAUUCCAUCGGAUCGACGGGUGGCGACGAGGGCUGCAACGGCCGACGCGUCGCGUUCGCGUGCAAGGCAUUGGAGUUUACGCUCACGUGGGCACCGGAGAAGAGCUUAUCGCUGGCCAAAGCCAUCGUGUCGGGCCUCCUCGGACGACCAAAGAGCCUGCAGCAACAGCUACUGGCGCCGCUGCUCGCGAAGCUCUCAAAACUCGAUGUGCUCGAUGAUGCAAUGCGCCGGCUCGUGGUGGCCUCGACCCUGGCGAUGCUCGGGCUGCCCAAGGCACCGCUGUCGCCCGACACCGACCACGUCACGGCGCUGCGAGUGGCGCUGACGAUAGCAUGCCUCUGCGCCAAGUGCAGCACGCGCCAAAACGACGAGCUGUGUCCUGCGCUGCGACCCCGAACCAUCGAGCUGCUCGGGGUUGUCGGCGCGAUUCCAGCCACGACGCUGCGGUCGACGGACAACGAAGGCGACGAAGACUAUCAAAUUGACACGUGGAAUCGCCUCGUGCCGGACGAAGACCUGCUCUCGAUGCUCUGCGAAGUACUGACACCAGUCGACACCCGACUGCGGAAACGCCACCGAGGAGCCGAGGACGAGCCAAGCAAGUCCAUCGACCAGUAG